AUCACAAGUAGUCCCUGUUUUUGGUGGAAAUAGUAAUUAUGUCUGUGUGCUUGUAAGAGUCGUAUCGAUGGUCUUCUACUGCUCUCUGGUGGAUAAAGAAAGUUGAGCAACAGCAUUCCAUUCACUUCCUCUAAUUCUUGCAAAAAAUCAAUUGAAGUUGUGGCUAAGCUAACAUUAUUAGUGAAAGAACUCCACAACUCUUGCGCUUAACCAGUAUGAAACAAUCAUAACUAUGCCUGCCUUCUAAUACAUUCUGUUAUUUGUUGAUACCUCAGGGAGAGCUGUUCGGAGAGUGAAGAGGAGCUCGGCCUGUCAGCAUGGACACACAACAAGGAGCUGAACGACUCCUUGGUGAACAUGUACAAAGCUAAUCCCAAAGUCAACGAGGAGUUGAAACAAAGACUACCAUCUCCAGUGAGGCCUUCGUACUCCAGAACCACGUCGCCUCUUGGGCUCAGUGAAGCGGGAGUCGCACCCUCGACCCUGUCCGUGCCGGACCUGUCUUCAGGGGACCGGCCCCAAGCCCCAAAGCACCUGCAGGCCUCCAGAUCCCCCUCCCCCCAGCCUGGCUCCCCCCGAUCCCCACACAAGUCCCCCGCUCCCUGGGCCCCCCGGUCCCCCGGCCUGCCCAGCUUCCCAGCCCUGCCCAGGUCUCCAGGAUCCCCCAGGUCCCUGGCCCCGCAAGGCCCAGGCAGGGUGAUGAUGGAGGGAGUCCGAGGGCCUAGCCGCAGCCCCUCCACAGGGGAGGGUCCCAGGGCAGACAGCACCAGCGAGGGGCUUGAAGGGAGGGGAAGGAGUCCAGAGAGUCCUGCCCACAGACGACACCUGCUCCCCCCUGCGUCACCUGAAAGCAGCCAGGCUCACACACUCGGUGUGCUGCAGGACCAGGAAGCCCCCAGAGACCCCCCCUCCCCUGCCUGUAGGAAGGGAUCUCCAGCCCUGGACAAGGACAAGAACAUAGCCUUCCUUCUGAAGGAGCUGGACUCACUAAGGGACCUCAACAAUAAGUUGCAGGACAAGCUGACCUUGAAGGAGAAGGAGCUGGAGAGCAGGCUGGUGGACGCUGAGCUGCAGGAGGCUGAGGUGGAGGCACGGGUCUGUGAGAAAGCUGGAGCUCUAGUGGAGGAGAUCUACCAGGCCCAGAGAGAGAGAGACCAGGCGGUCAUGGCCAGACUCAGACUGGCCAAUGAGGAGAGAGACGAGGCCUUACUCCGUGCUAAACGCCUGCAGCAAGCAGCUGCGGAGAUGGAGAGGAUUGACCCAGAGGAGAGUGAUGUGGACCUGGAGGAGUUGUUGAACCGCGUGAACAGUGCCGACAGUGCUGUGAGCCUGGAGCGGAGUGGAGCCGUGCUGGUGGACCUUCUCCAGAAGGCCAGGGAGAGACACAGGAAGAUCACAGCUGAGGAGAUGAACACCGUGCUGCAGGAGAGAGACACAGCACAGGCCAAGUGGAAGCGUGUGGAGCAGGAGCUCCGGAUGGUCAGAGAGCAGAGCCAGACUUCAGCAAACAGCAGCAGCAGCAGCAGCAGACACCUCGCUGAAGACCACCACCAGGGACGUGCUCGCAAGGAGCAGCUGGACGCGGUCCAGAGAGAGAGAGACAGGGCUCUGGAACACAGCCAACGCCUGGAGGAGGAGCUCCAAGCGCUACGCACCUAUCAGAGCCUGCACCAGUCCCAGUGUGACCACCGCCAGCCUGGCUCUUCCCUCAGCCCGCCCUCACUCCUUACCCCCAGGGCUGACAAGACCCUGGUACCCAGGGACGCCUCCUCUCCCCUGGGCAGCCUGGCCCAGCCUGCCCCCCUCCUGGCCCAGCUCCAGCAGAUGGCCACCGAGCAGCACAGCACCCAGGUCCUGCUGCAGCGGAGCCAGCAGGCGGAGAGGGAGGCCAAUGAGAGAGUCCAGAAGUUGGAGCGGCUGGUGGAGGUCUUGAGGAAAAAGGUUGGGACAGGGAGCGUCCGCACGGUGAUCUAAAGUGUUUGGGUG